AAAAGAGGUAUUAAGUCAGGAUUCAUGCGUAUCACCACCAACUAGACCACCAAAUAAACUUGUUGGAUAUUAUCCUGCUUAUAAAUAUAAUAGUUUAAAACCGGGAAGAGAUUUUAAUAUCAGCCCAUCAAUCGAUUACUUAUACUUUGUUGCAUAUGGCCCAAAUGACCUUGUUAAUAAUAGUGUUGCUGGUGGAGAUCCAGUUACACUUUUUAACAGCCAAUAUUCUAAAUUUAAUGAUCUGUUAGCUUAUAGGAGUAGUAAUCCACUACUAAAAUUUAAGUUAAUUCUAUCAGUCCUGUUACCAACUGAUACGAUUAAUUUAGUUAAAUUCUUCAAUAUUCCAUCUAAUGGAGGAAAUCCGAAUUUGAAUCCGAAUUCGUAUGCUUCGGCUAACCAAGCAAAUAUUAAGUUCAUUAAUGACUUAAUUAGUGUUGUUACUGCCAAUGGCUUUGAUGGA